AUGUUCGCCCGCGGGCUGAAGAGGAAGUGCUCGGAGGAGGAGGCGCCCGCCGACCCCCUGCAGCGCCAGUCGCUCCUGGACAUGUCACUGGUCAAGCUGCAGCUGUGCCACAUGCUGGCGGAGCCCAACCUGUGCCGCUCCGUCCUCAUCGCCAACACGGUCCGGCAGAUCCAGGAGGAGAUGACCCAGGACGGGAGCUGGUGCCUGCCCGGGCCCCAGACCCCGGGGCGGGCGCCGCGUGACCGCCUGGUGUCCACGGAGAUUCUGUGCCGCUCGGCUCGGACGGGGCCGCCCCUGACCCCUGACCCCGCAGACCUGGCCUCUGCGCUGCAGACGGUCCCGGCAGCACAGGCUCCCGGAGUUGUGCCAGGAGGCCCCUGGGACAGGGCCGGCCCCGGAGAGAGCCGAGGGGGCUUCCCCAGGUCUCUCGAUCAGGUGUUUGAGACGCUGGAGAACCACGGCCCUGGCGCCGUGGAGGAGCUGUUUUCUGACGUGGACGCCUCCUACUACGACCUGGAUGCCGUGCUGACGGGCAUGGUGGGCGGAGCCAAGUCGGGCCCGGAGGGGCUGGAGUCCUUCGCCUCUGUGGCCGCCCCACCCCCUGGCACUGGCUGCAAGGCGGACCUGGGCGAGCUGGACCACGUGGUGGAGAUCCUGGUGGAGACCUGA